GUUGAUUAUCUCUAAAAACAGCACUCCCUCUUUGGCACCCCCCAUCAUUUCUGCUUUAAUUCAUAGUCGGUAAACUAUAAGUUUAUCUGACAGAAAAUUGUCUUCAGCUUGCUGGAAAUAGCAAUUCAUCCUUCUGCUAUAUUAUGACUACUUUAGGAUGCUGCUCUGGUCCUGGCUAUUCCAGUCCUCUUGAUGCCAUGAAAAAUGGCCCAAAGGAAAAAUUGCUUUAUGUGAUCUGUGUCCAACCUAACGGGCGCCAAAAACCUGACUACUUGGCCACUGUGGAUAUUGAUCCAGAGAGUUCUCAGUACUGCCAGGUCAUAAGUCGUUGUUACGGAACUGCAGUCGGUGAUGAAUUUCAUCACUUUGGGUGGAAUUCAUGCAGCAGCUGUCAUGGUGAUCCCAGUUGCAAGAGGGACAAAAUAAUCAUUCCCUGCUUGGGCAGCGACAGAAUUUAUAUCCUGGACACUGGUGCUAACCCUCGUGAGCCAAAGCUGCACAAAGUGUUGGAGCCCAGCGAACUCCACUCGGUGAACAUAACUGCUCCGCAUACGGCGCACUGCCUUGCUUCUGGAGACGUUAUGAUUUCGGGAAUGGGUGACGUUGAUGAAAAUGGUCGAGGUGGGUUUGCUCUCCUUGACAGCAAGGACUUCACCAUCAAGGGGUCGUGGUCAAAGGAAGAUGCCAAAUUUGGUUAUGACUUUUGGUACCAGCCACAUCACAACAUAAUGGUGAGCAGUGAAUGGGGUGCCCCCAAGUCAUUUAGAAAGGGCUUUAUUCCGGAGGAUACCACAGAUAAAGAACUAUAUGGCAGCUCAAUAAAUUUUUGGAGCUGGAAGGAGCGCAAACUUAUUAAGACAAUUGAUCUGGGUGAAGACGGAAUUGCUCCUCUCGAAACAAGGUUCCUCCACAACCCCCUAGAAGCUCAGGGAUAUGUUGGGUGUGCUCUAAAUGCUGUCAUUUACAGGUUCUUCAAAGAGAGUGAUGGAAAUUGGAAUGCAGAACCAGUGAUCAAGAUCCCAAAGAAAAAGGUCGAGGGUUGGGGGAGCCCAAUGAUAUCAGGCAUGAUGACGGACAUUCUGAUAUCACUAGAUGAUCGCUUCCUGUAUCUCAGCAAUUGGCUGCAUGGCGACGUGCGCCAGUAUGAUAUUACAGACCGCAGAAACCCAAAACUAGUGGGGCAACUAUUCCUCGGAGGCAGCAUUCUAAGCGAUGGAACUGUCAAAGUUCUCGAGGACUCGGAACUUGAGGAGCAACCAAAACCUGUUUUCCUGAAAGGAAGGAGGUUGUAUGGAGCGCCUCAGAUGCUUCAACUGAGUCUUGAUGGCAAGCGACUGUAUAUCACGAGCUCAUUGUUUUCUCCAUGGGACAAACAGUUCUACCCAGAUCUUACAAUAAAUGGGUCUGUAAUGGUGAGAGCAGAUGUUGAUGUUGAAAACGGAGGGCUGAAGUUGGAUGAGGAAUUCAUUGUCGACUUUGGAAAAGAGCCCGACGGCCCUGUUCUGGCUCACGAGGUUCGUUACCCUGGCGGUGAUUGCACUUCUGAUAUUUGGCUUCAAAAAGAGUAAACAAAUAUUUAAAAUGAUGCUAAUAUUCUAAUCCUUAAUAGCCAAGCUUAUGUAGGAAAUUAAAAUGUAAUUUUGUAUGAAAAUAAAUUGUGAUUUGG